AUGGGUGAACCAAAUAAAAUAUUAUCCCGUCCCAUUUUCCGCCGAGAUGUGGGCUGGGAUCCUUUCCCAAACUGGACACAGCCGAGUCGCAUCUUUGCGCAGGAUUUUGGCCUCCCUCCAUUCCUAGAGCCCAGCGAUCUGGACUGGAUAGACUGGGCGAAGAAGAGACUGGCAUCUUUCUCCUGGCCUGGGUACACUCAAACUCCCCAUCUGCCUCCAUUCAGUGGUCAGCACCCUGCGGCGUUGAACCAAAAGGGUCUGAGACAACUGACAAGUGGAGUGUCAGAGAUCCGAACAGGGCAGGACAGCUGGAAGAUUAACCUGGACGUCAAUCACUUCUCGCCUGAGGAAAUUACUAUCACAACCAAGGAGGGUUAUCUGCAAAUAUCAGGAAAUCACGAAGAAAGGCAGGAUGAGCAUGGAUUGGUUUCCCGGUGCUUCACCCGGAAAUACAAGCUACCACAGGGGGUGGACUUGCAGCACAUCAGUUCCUCUCUGUCUGGAGAUGGAGUUCUGUCUGUAGAGGCCCCCGCCCCGCCUGGGACCUCCAUCAGCAACCCAUCAAAUGAAAUUGUCAUACCCGUUCAGACCAGACAGAUGCAGGAUGGUGAAAAGGGAAACCAGUAA